AUGGCGGACACUGCAGGCUCGUUUGCUUCAAUAGCCACAACCACCCUUAUAUCCGCAACUGGCACUCUCGCCUCAUACGUCGGUACAGCUCUCCCCGCAACCUCGGACGCACACGGAUCAUAUCAUUAUGGGACAAAUUCUACUAGUCCACAGGAUCCGGACGAUGAGGGGGAGAAUGCAAGUUACUUGGUUGCUCUCGGUGGCCUUGCAUUAUUAUCUCUAGUCUACAAGAGAUGGAGAGAGCGACCACAGCGUCCGAUCAAGGUCUGGGCCUUCGACGUCUCGAAGCAAGUCUUUGGAUCAGUGAUGCUUCACAUGUUGAAUCUUGUCAUGUCGAUGUUUUCUGCGGGCCAAUUUGAGAUUCGGAAGUCAUACAAGCCGAAUCCAUGCUCAUUCUACAUACUGAACUUGGGAAUUGAUACUACCCUUGGGAUCCCGAUUCUGAUCCUCCUUCUCCGUGUUCUCAACCGCCUCGCAUCCUACACUCCGCUUGCGAAUCCCCCGGAAUCGAUCGAGUCGGGGAAUUAUGGCCAUCCACCCCGCGCAACAUGGUGGCUUAAACAGGCCAUAGUUUACUUUAUGGGGCUACUUGGCAUGAAGAUAUGCGUCUUCUUCCUCAUUGAGCUCUUACCUUUCAUUGUCAAGGUCGGCGACUGGGCUCUACGAUGGACAGAAGGCAAUGCUGCUGUCCAGAUCUUCUUCGUCAUGCUUCUUUUCCCGGUCAUCAUGAACGCCAUCCAAUAUUACAUCAUCGAUAUAUUCAUCAAGAAACCAGCCUCUCAUUACACAGCAGAUAACACAGAGGAUGCCGCCACAGGUGACGAUGCUCACCGUCGGGAGGCUCUUCUUGAUGGUCUGGACGAGUCAUAUUCAACGGAUUCCGACGAUGAAAUACCUGGGAAAACCCCGAAGACCACAUCACAGCCAAAGGCCACUACAGAUGCUCUCCAUGAGUCAGAGCAUUUGCUUACUGAGGAUCAUAAUCCUGUGCCUCCAUAUGAACCAGCAAGCUCGAGUAGCAGCCGCAAUGGACAUGAUACGGAACCCAGCAAAGGAACUCACUAA